AUGAGGAUCCGAUGGUGGGAUAGGAGUUCAUUGAGAACAGUGAAGUCAGGUUCCGGUUGCUUCACUCUUGUCAGGCUGACUGUCCAGUUGCCGUGGAUUCCGCGGGUGAUUUUUGCGGGUGACUCAAUUCCUUUUCUUCCCCUCCCGAAAGAGGCGAAUCCCCCGCGCACUGUGGGUUCACCGGGUUUGCAUCUUCUCUCUUCUCACGGGCGCCCGGAAUCUUUCGUGCCUUCUCGCAAUCUCUCCACUGUCACACAAUUUAUUGACAGUUUAGCUUCAUCCAUUCCUCUUCCCACCCGGCUCACACGGCCGUCUCUUUCCGGGUGUCUUUUCCAGUCUCCUUGGAGCGCCUUGGAUGUUUGGGUGUCGCCCCUCUCGUCAAUCCACCUGACAUUCCUGCGCCGCUUGCAUCGCGUCGCGACACCACCUCUCUUCCUCUCACACUCUCCCCACACCACCCACUUCCUCUUCGCGAACUAUACACACACUGCGCAGUUCGUCGAACAAAACUUGAAGCACUUGAUCCUCACCCAGCGAAUCCACACGGGGAUACGCUCUCUUCUGUCAUCCCUUGAACCGAAUCGACUGAAAUCUCAUCGGACGAACGAUUACCAUCUCCAAAGAGGAAAGACCUCGACCAAACCAUAUCAUCAACAUUCGACCUUGAAAAUCUACAACAUGAACUCGCUUUACACUCUUGCCUGGGGCUGCUCCCCCGUCAAGUUCCCCUAA